AUGGGGCAGGCAUCUUCAUUUGCUCUAAAGUCUGUUGAAAGAGCUUGCCGACGUCAUGUUGAACACAAGGAUCAGGGAAAUUGUCAUCCAGAUCAGGAAUCUGAUAUUAAGGAAAUUGAACCUUUCUCAUCCCCCCAGUCAUUGGUAUCAAUGGACUCCUUUCUUUUCACUAUCAAUGAUUUGCGUGAGAUGACGUCCUUCUUACCAGAAUCUCUUUCUAAUGUGGAUCUGCAUCAUUUACCACUUUUAUUUGUAUUGGAUAAUGAUAAAGAUGGACUUUUCUCCUAUGAUGAUUUGCAACAGUUUAUUGCUUGGUCAAUGGAGGCAGUUCCAAAAGAAAUAUCCAUAGAUGAUCUGAUGGAUGUACUGAGGGGUCGAGCGGUCCUACGUUGUUGGUAUGUGUGCUGCAUGGAAUCUCAGAAAGGAGGGGAUGGAAUUAAGGAAGGUAUUGUAUUAGGAAAGGAUGAGAAUGUAGAUACUCUAGAGUCUCGAGAGUAUUUUACACAUUGGGUACUAAAGUUGCUCCAUACUAUUGAUAAUGACACUUUUUCUUUGAAAUCCAUUAUCCCUUCACUGCCCUUGCUUCCUAAACCCAAUGAAUCUAAUACUAUGGCAACAAAUGAACUCUUCGGUGUUCCAGGAGAAAACUCUUCAGUAGCUCACAUUGGAGGUAAUGAAACUAGAGAAGAACAAUCUACCUUGAAAGUAAACUGCAAAAAGGGAUAUUGGUGUAAUGUUUAUGAUGAACAACCUCAAAUAUCUCUAGAAAGUACAGGGGGUAAUGUACUUCUGUCAACACCAUGUGAAGAUUAUUCUCUGUUUUUAAAAGAGGAAAAGAGAAAGUGGAAUGAAGAGGAUAGUGAAAAAUAUUCGUCUGAGAAAGGAUUUGGUAUCGAGGCACUGAAAGAAUUAUACGAGGACCUGAUGGUUAGUGAGUUAUACGGAUUGUCAUUCUGGGGAUUUUGUCAAAUAUUAAACCCUUAUAGCGCAGAAAAAGUGGAGAAGGCAGCAUCUCUUGAAAGAAAAGAUGCAACUAUUUUAUGGAUGAGCGCAGAAGCUGCUGUCAGUGAUCAACUACAGCUUAUAAGAAACAUGAGUGCAGAAUCAGAACCUGUGACUUCAUUUUUUGCCACAGUGGAGUCCGUUGAAGGGUUCCUCAUGUGUUUUUGUAAUGCGUACUGGAAUACUCUGAAGUGUUUUGGGUUAAAUCCCUCUAAUGGGGGUUCAGUAGUGUAG